UUCUCUCUCUUACUCUCUGUCUCUGUUUGUGUGUCUGCCUCUCUGCCUGUCUGUCUGUCUGUCGGUCUCUGUUCUCGAAUUCCAUAGAAUCCGCUAACCACGCAUCAUUCACCACUGUCGAAGCUGUAAUACCCUUCUCGAAAGGCUUACGGAAACCUCUCACCAUUAGCGACGACAUUUUCUAGGUUUCAACGAUUUCUUGUGUAGGGUUUCCAAUCAAUUAUUCCGUGUGCACGCAGUUUAAUAUUUCACAAUUAUCUUUAAUAUUUAUCUUAAGCAGAGUUUCCUGAUUUCUAUCUUUCACGCAGUCCAAUAACUAUUACUUGCAGACUUUCGUUGACUUUCAGUUAACUUAAACUUCAGCGUACAAGAUUUUACAGCUUACUGUGCGUAUCACAGGCACCCAUGAGCAGAGAUUUCAUGAUAACGAAAUGUAUGAAUGCUAAUUACUGCGGUAUUUCUAUGUAAAUGAAAGCUCUGACAAUGCUUCGAGAUCCUAAACCGAUGAACCGACUAAUUUACCAGUCUUAUAAUGUUGCUUUUUCAGGAACCAUGCCAAUGUGGCUAACGCUGUUAGGCAAAUACUUCACCGAGGGCACCAACUUACGCAUUCCCUUCGUUAACAUCAUCUUGGGUCUCUCCUACAUGAUCGGUCCCGUUGGAAUUGGUCUCGUCAUAAAGAUUUACCGGCCUACAUGGGCCGCGUUUAUGAUGCGGAUUUUGAAGCCAUGUUGUGCUAUACUAGUUGUUAUCCUCAUUGUUACAGGCGUCUAUUCAAGCUGGUACAUCUUCUCUCUCGUAACUCCUCUGAUAGUUGCUGUAGCGUCCUCUUUGCCGUGGUUGGGUUUCACUAUGGGGGGCCUUGUUGCCAUCAUCACUCGUCGUCCUUGGCCCAUUGUGAAGACCAUUGCUAUCGAGACGGGAUUCCAGAAUGCUGGCAUCGCCCUGGUUCUGUUGAGAUCCACGUUCCCGCAGCCAGAGGCAGACCUUGCUGCUGUUGUCCCCAUCAUCUGCACCAUCCUGACUCCGUUACCCCUCAUCGUCAUCUUUAUAGUGCGCCUAGUUGUUAUGAGAAUUCGUGGUGAGUCGACAUCGGCAGACCUUACUGCCGACAAAGCGAAAUCCAAAUCGAACUUGGCGGUGAAGCCAGAAUCCUACGUGCCUCACGUCGACAAUGACAAGAUGGCGGAAAAGGAAAAAGAAACGCAAAGAUCAGAGCAUGGCACGGAAAACGGAAAUGCCUCCACCGCGGUGGAGAUGGAAGUGAAGAAACACAAGAGCCCCACUGCGAAAGAUAUAAAGGAGAAGGUGGGGCAGGCUAACCCAGCACUCGCAGAUGACGAUUGGACGGAGGAAGUUUCUAUCGGCGUCCCAUUCAACCCUCGCACUAUUCUUCCGUUGAUGGAUUCCUGAUGUGCCAAUUUCCAGAGCACCAUCGUUAGAAGUAUGCUUAGUUAAUGUGUUUUGUAAUGUAAGGUAAUUUUCACGUGUUCCGAUUGCUGAACUAAAUUUACUAACGCUGCUUUGCGUAGAACUUUACACUAAAUUUUUCUCCUAGUAAUUUCUCUCCUAGUAAUUUUUCUCCUAGUAAUUUUUCUCUUAGGUGGUCGACGCAAGAUUGCAUGGCGACCAAUGUAGGAUUAAACAGUUUUAUAUACGUUUGCUGUGAUUCCUUAUCGCCUGAUGAACCUAGUUUAAGUUUAUAAUUUAUUAACAAUAAUCAAAAAUAGUAGAGAUAGAUGCUUAUCGUGCGUUUGGUAAAUACUAAAUGAAAGCGUGUAGGCGUAAUUGUAGCUCUACUAUUAUAGCCCUUCGCCCCGCCGCGGGCGUCUUUAACCACAGGGACCUGUGAGCGAAAGGCUAUAACAUUAUAGUUUAAUCGGUGUUUGUAUAUAUGCAUCAUCAUAGUGACGUCUUGCAUGGCCGCAAUAAUUGGGACUUAGAUUUGUUAGGAAACUUCCCAGCCAGUAGACCUUAUUAUUGGUAGUCGUAAAUAUCAAACCGUGCAUGAGUUUUGCCAGCGAUAAUGCAAUUAAACUCUCUUUCUUGUCCGAACAAACCGCAUAUGCAUAUACGCGCACACCACUCGUUUCCUCCGAUGAGUAGAUGGCCAUAAAAACUUUAUCGCGCAGUUGCAAGAAGUGAGAAUCUCAAGCGCGAGAUAAUCGCAAGCAAGUCAUAAUUGCUUGCUAUUGACAAUCUCAAGCGAAUCUAUGGCAAAGCUCGCGUGUGUAUUAUCCGAGUCGACAGGCGCUACUAUAGUAGGCCUACUUCAUCGUUGUAAACGGUAGGCCUAGUAAUUUCGAUAGUCAUAACGGUAGUAAUUUCGAUAGUAAUAACGGUAGUCAUAGUAAUUUCGAUAAUAAGAGGUAGAUAAUUUAUGUAG